AAUAUUGUGGGAUACCAGCUGCUAAAAGAGACACAAGGCACGCACGCAGCGAGCAGCACCGAAACGCAGCCAAAGAAGCGGGUGCAGGUAGCCAAAUCUUUGAGGAGAAAAGGCGGCUCGGACUGCAAGCACCGGACUGCCUCAGGUUGGAGCGCCAAGGAGCGGCUCUUCCGGACCCACCCGCCGCACCUUCGCGCCGCCUCGGCCCGCCUCUCCCCCCUCCUUGGCUGGGCGCCGAGAGGAGGAGGAGGAGGCGCUGCUGCUGCUGCCGCUCUUGUCGCCCGGCCCCUUGUCCCUGCCUGGCGUCGCCGCCGCCGCCCACCUCCUCCCUUCUAUCUCCGCACAGAGCAGAGAACCUGCCCGGGAAAGCCACCGGUUGUUCGGCUUGCAGCUGCCGAGCCUGGAAAUGGCGGCGGGGACGACCUGAAGGGGGGCCCAGAACGAGAGCGGAGCGCGCCGCGCCGCAGCUUCCCGUGCGCCCUGGUGCGCCUUGCGCGCCUCUCCGCGCCAAGGGGUCGCCAUGAGGCUCCUCCGGGCGCUGCUGAGGAGCGUCUCCCCGGCCACUAUCCCUCAGCAGGUGGACUUCUAUUGCCGCUUCUCCCCGUCGCCCCUCUCCAUGAAGCAGUUCCUCGACUUCGGUGAGUGAGCGCCGCCGCCAACCCGGUGGGAAAGCGCGGCGCCCCCUUGGUUUGCUCGCGCCCUUCCUUCCUCCCAGCGGCCCACCAUUUUCUUCUCCCCGUGGGACACCGUCCCUUGCAGACCCUGCUUGGGGGUCGGAGGGCGCUAGGCCUCCCCUCGGCGACCCUCCCUCCCUCAGCCAUGGCAGGCGCCUGGGUGCGGGCAGCCAAUGGGAACGGGCGUCCUCUGUGCCGCCUCCCUCCGCUCCCAUUCGGGUUCUGGGUUUGCAGGUCAGGAGGAGGAGGAGGCCUCGCGUUGUCGCUUCGAGCAAAACAAAUCCGACUAGGCUGCUGCUUCCGGAGUUGCCGGAGAGUUCAAAUGUAAUGAAUGCUGCGGAGGCAGGCGCAGAGUUGGAAGGGGGACCCCCAGGCUCAUCUAGCGCAACCCCUUGCAGUGCAGGGAUGUCAACACGCGGGCGGGGACCCCAUCCAAGUUGACCCCGCUUAGCUUUGCAAAUAGGCUCGCGCUUUUAUUGCAGCAGCAGCAGCAGCAGCAACAACAACAACACGUUGCAUUCCCGAGGCUGAGUAAACACGCUUGUGGUUGGCGGUGCAAGUUUUAAUUAAGAGCUUUCAUUAACACGCGCGCCCAAAUUCUCUUGCUUAGUGUGCAAAGCGACUGAUUCCAGCAAAGGGAAAUUGCCACGCAGCCACCUUAACAGGUGAGGAAGGGAUUCUUCUGGAGUCUGAGCAGAGAGGUGUGAUGUUGCCGUGCAAAUAAUUCAGCUUUAUUGAAUCUAGCACCUUUUCUCUCUGCUCAGAUGUGUCUUAGUAAGUGAUGGCCCUUUUUAUCCUGGAACAGUUUUCUGCCCUGGUUGUCAUUAUUGCAGAGGCCUGCACUUCCCAAUCAUAGUGUGCGGAGUCCUCUUCUAAAGCCAGGAUUCCAUAAUUUCUCCCCAAAGUGGACCAUAUAUAAAAUGGACUUGUGUUUGUGUGUGUGUGUGAAUGGCUACUUUUCCUCAUUGAUUGCAAGUGGCCCUGCUGAAUGUUUUAUACAACAUGUGCAUAUUGCAUCAGCUAAACUCUACACCCUUAUCUGUUGAGAAGCAGUAACGUCCUAUGAUAUCAGCCUGCAAGCGCCAGGUUUAUAUAAUAUCUUAAAAACAUUUCAGCAAUAUUGUUCAAAUCUAAUCGGGUUUGUAGCCUGCCAUUUGCCUCAAUGUAUCUAAUUGCAGCACUCUUAACACUACCAUGUGCGACAUGGCAGCUGAUAUGUUGUAUUCGAACAGUGUACCUGAUAGCAGAAACAUUAUGAAGACCAAUUUGGACUUUAUGCGAUAAUUUCGCUUUUGCUAAGUACACCUCCGUGUUUGGUGUUUACAGUGCUCAGUAGCGUAAAAAAUGUGAAGGAAAAUGUGUAUCUCCAAAUAUUGACAUGUAUCAGGCAAGUGUGGUGAAUGAGCUCUAAAUUGAGCAUUAGCUAAUACUGUGGUGAUAUUGCUAGGAAAUGAGAAAAUCAUUUUGCCACUCUUCAAGAGUGUGGGGUGGUUGUUUUUCUUAUAGCAGUUGUGUGUUGUUGGCAUUUCAACAAUGUUACACAAGAAAAAUAUAUUGCAGUGUCAGUGGCUUCUGUUGCAUUGCUCAUAGAGUACAUAAGGAUUUUUGCUAAACUUGAGCAAAGCUACGUGCUUGCUUCUUGUCCAAAUCCCUUUUGAUAGAAACCAAUGUUACUAAUUUAAUGCAGACCUCAACCUAAUUUCAUUGUGGCAGGUGACAGAUGAGUCCGAAAGGAUGGGAGUAGGGUAGGACGAGGGGGGAAUGGGGGAACAGCUCAAUUGGAUGGAGUAAUGGAAGGAAGGUGAAGGUUCAUAUCUCUAGCAAGAGCUAUUUGACCCUCCCCUCGCAGCCCACUGGAGGAAGAGAGAAAGAAAAAGGGAGACCUGCCCACUGCCAGAUUGUGGUCCAUAACAGAUUACCCUCAAGUUGAUGUAGGGGUGACUAGAAGUGUCUUUUACCAACUUUGGGUGGUAAGGAAGUUACAACCAUUCCAGGAUUGAGAUAACUUGACCUUGAUUGCCCAUGCUCUGGUAACUUCAGAGUUGGAUUACUGCAAUGGGCUCAUGGAUAGCUCAGUUGGUUAGAGCAUGGUGCUGAUACCCCAAGGUUGCAGGUUCGAUCCCUGUAAGAAACAGCUGUGUAUUCCACAGAGCAGGCCUUUUCAUGUGACUGUCCCUGACCUGUGGAAUAGAACAGCAUUCCUGUUGAAUUAUUUCCCAGCUGGCUAAAUAGUUUUUUACUACCAAAUGUUCAGGAUUCAGUCAUGUUUUAUAUGCAUUUGCUGUUUUUGUGUUUUUAAUUAUCUUGUGUGUAAAUCGCGUUGAGGCAGUGGUUUAGAAGGUGAGUAAUAAAUUAAUUGUCAGAAUAAGAAUCAUUAUGUAGCCCUCCUUCACAGGAAAAGGGUUCCCCAUUUAGGAUUUAAAUGUUCCAUAUAUUAGUGUGUGUGUUUGUUUUUGUGGGAGAAUAACUACAAAUUCUGUCCCCACAUUUCCUUCUUCCUCAUGAAUUUGCACAUUUCCAUACUUGGGUUCAGUGCUCCCUUUAUAAAAUAACAUCCAGUGCUUCUGCAAAUACUGUUUGAUUCCUAUAUUUUUCCCCCCCUUUAGGAUCUGACAAUGCAUGUGAGAAAACUUCGUUUAUGUUUCUGCGACAGGAGUUGCCAGUAAGAUUAGCAAACAUAAUGAAAGAAAUAAGUCUGCUUCCAGACAACCUUCUCAAAACUCCUUCCGUUCAGCUCGUCCAGAGUUGGUAAGAAUCAGUUUUUAAAAACGAAAAGCAAAACUGAACUUGGGUAUUUAAUAGACACAGCAAGUGAUGAUAGAAAAUGUGAAGUUCCUUCACUUAUUUUUUACGUACCUUUGCUGCGUGUUUUCUUCUCACUUGUGAGGAAAGAUUUGGAAGCUGAAAGCAGCCCUUUAACCCUCUCCAAUGUUAUUUUGCUGAGUUAAUGAUCUCGACUUUGUUAGAAAAUGUUAGCAGGAAAUGGCUAAUAAUUUCAGCUAGACUAUAUAUAUGACAAAGGCCAACCGUGUGGAAAUUGUGUUUAUAGGUACGUCCAGAGCCUUCAGGAGAUCCUUGAUUUCAAAGACAAAAGUGCAGAAGAUGCAGAAGCUGUUUCUUGGUAAGUGCAUUUUAAUGCAUCUGAAUAUAUUGUGGCAACGGGUUCUCUAAACUCUUUGUGUGCAGCUGUUAUUCUGCUUUGAGAAGAUGAGUGUCAUCCUUUUAUGCCAUUGAUGUUGAGGGCAGUCUUCAGACUACAGUGGUACUUUUGGUUGUGAAUGGGAUCCGUUCCAGAGGCCCGUUUGCAACCUGAAAGGAACACAAUCCGUGUCUGUGUGUGCGCGGGUUGCGAUUUGCCGCUUCUGCGCAUGCGCGCAACAUAAUUUUGCAUGAAUGUGCGAGCGGCGAAACUCGGAAGUAACCCUUUCUGGUACUUCUGGGUCACUGCAGGACGCAACCUGAAAACGCUCAACCUGAAGCAAAUGUAACAUGAGGUAUGACUGUAUUCUGAAUGAAGAGAAGUCAGAGGUAGACACAUCUUUAUUAAGCGUCUAAAAUAACAAGGGUUGAUGGACCUUGCUCUGAAAAUUAUCAUGGCUAUGCUAACAGAGAUAGACCCAUAUUUGAAAGUUCAAUUUUUUCCCUCAAUUUUUGCUUCCUGGAUGAUUUGUUGAAUAGCAAGAUCCUUUUUUUUUUUUUUUAAGACCAUUUAUUUUUAUUAAUUUUUUUGCACUGAAUAGUUAAGUGGAAGCUGUGACUCUUGAGCAGGGGUGGGGAAAUUUUGGCCCUUCAGCACUUGCAUCAGCCCACAGUCAGCAUGGUCAGUGGGAGUUGUAGUACAGCAAUAUAUGGAAGACCAUAGUUUAGCCACCUAGGGCUUUAAUGUGCCUUAGACCCAUUUCACAGAGCAUGCACUUGGUUUCAGUUUUACAGAUACUGUGAUAACAAUCCGGAAUCGUCACAACGAUGUCAUUCCUACCAUGGCUCAGGGCGUGAUAGAGUACAAGGACCACUAUGGUGUUGAUCCAGUGACCAGUCAGAAUGUGCAGUAUUUUUUAGACCGCUUCUUCAUGAGCCGUAUUUCAAUCAGAAUGCUUCUUAAUCAGCACAGUAAGUACUUCGGUUAAUCGCAGAGAUGAAACGUAUGUGUAGAGCAAUUGAGAGUGGUUUUCUUUCAAAGCCAGGGGCUUGUAUAUGGAGCACCGUGUUUUAGCAUUUUCCUUGUCUGUAAAUACCUGCCAGUUUUGUUCUUAAAACAAUAUAUUAAUUGUUUGUUCCCUGGAUGUAAAAGCUGCUGCUCUUGCAGCCCAUAAAUUGUGAAUUCACUUGUUAUCUUCUUCCAUUUGGCAGCUUUGUUGUUCGGGGGGAAAGUCAAGGUCAACCCUGCUCAUCCCAAACACAUUGGAAGCAUUGAUCCUAAGUGCAAUGUGGUUGAAGUCAUAAAAGGUAACAUCAGGUAGACUUAUCAAGGAAAACAGAUGUAAUAGCAAAUCAUUGGUGGCAGUCUAAACGGGCUGUUGACUGUGUUUAACAUCGUUCGUGUUGUCAGUUAUGCCGAUGGUUAUAAUCAGGACUGUGUGAUACUUUGCCAAAAAAGGGAAAAGGAUUCUCAACAAGUUGACCCAAAUUAUACAUAAAGAAAAGAUGAAUUAUAGAACUUGUAGACAAUUUUUGUAAUUUAGUCCUAAACUAGAGAGUGUGACUUCAACUUACUUGGCCGGAGAGUAAACACCAUGGAUCUAAACAGGACUGACAACAGAGUAAACGUGCAUAGGAUCAUGGUUACUUCCCUAUGCUUUUUAUAGUGUGUACCAUAUUUUUCGCUCUAUAAGACACACCUUUUCCCCUCCAAAAAUGAAGGGGAAAUGUGUGUGCGUCUUAUGGAGCAAAUGCAGGCUCCAUGGCUUCAGCGAUAGCAAUGCGAAGCCUCCGAAACGCAGUGGGAGCGCUCCUGCCGCGCUCCGGAGGCUUCGCGUUGCUUUCGCUGAAGCCUGGAGAGUGAGAGGGGUCGGUGCGCACCAGUCCUCUUGCUCUCCUGGCUUUGUUUCGCUGGAGAGGCGCUGCACAGCUUUCCCUCUCCACGCAGCGCCCCUUCAGCGAAGUGGGAGGAGAAAUGGAAGGGGCUCUGUUUCUCCUGCCGCUUCGCUGAAGGGGCGCCGCGCAGAGAGGGAGAGAAUUUCUUGUUCUCCCCCUCUAAAACAAGGUGCGUCCUAUGGAGCGAAAAAUACGGUAUUUGGCUGGUCACCGGGGGCGGGGGCUGUGAAAGGCUACUGGAAAUUUUAAUCCGCUCUGGCUUCUGAGAUUUUACCAAACAUUGCUCACACACUUUCAAACAUGUUCAACCUCAGGGACAAUAUAUUUGACUUUUUUUUUCUUAAAAAAGAAAAGAAAAGAAAGCUCUGGAAAUUAAAAUCUGCAUUACUAUACACUUUUUCUGUACUUUGCACCGAAUCAAGGUAUGCAUGCAGCUGUAGUUAGUAACUUGAGUUGUUGUGGCCAGAAAUAUUCAUAAUUGGUGUCAGCUGCAGUCGUCAGCAGUUCAUUCCUGAACAGUUAAGAACUGGGCUGUCGUUAGUCUGUUUCCUGACAUUUUAAAAAACUUCCGCCAGGAUAUUGUGCAGAGCUGCGAAGUGUAAACCUUUAAACAAAAUUGUUGUGCUUUAAUUUUUUUGCAGACGGCUAUGAAAAUGCAAAGACCCUUUGUGACCUGUAUUACAUGAAUUCUCCAGAACUUGUACUCGAGGAGAGAAACGGUAAGGACAGGAAGUGGAGUGGGUUAUUAAAGGAAGUCACAAGUCCUUGGCAAGGAUUUAUCAUACGCUGCCUCUUUUUUGUGCAGGUCUCCCUUUUUAGACUGUGUCUGCGGUAGUAGUGCUCAUCUUUCCAUUGGUUGGGCAUCACGUGUGUGAUGACUGUCUUGCUCAGUCUGCAGUGCGAACAGGUGCUGCCUCUGGUGCAUAGAUUGUUAAUCGGGUAUCCUGGGCACAGCCUUAAACAUGAUGUGUCUAUAUAUGCCGAUUUCAUUAUAGAAAUAUGCUAUGGGGGACCUUGGGCGGCUGCAGGUCUCUGCAUCGUGUUUGCACAGUGAAAGAAAUGUGUUGCAGGGUUUGCUGUGAAAAGUUCAUAGCGUGACCUUGUGAAGUAGCUUUCGGUGUCGAGUUACAAGGGGUCAGCAAACCUUUUCAGCAGGGGGCCGGUCCACUGUCCCUCAGACCUUGUGGUGGGGCCGGACUAUAUUUUGAAGAAGAAAAAAUGAACAAAUUCCUGUGCCUCACAAAUAACCCAGAGGUACAUUUUAAAUAAAAGGACACAUUCUACUCAUGGGAAAACACACUGAUUCCCGGACUGUCCAUGGGCCUGAUUUAGAAGGCGAUUUAGAAGGCCUGCAGGCCUUAGGUUGCCUACCCAUGAGUUCAUAACUCCACCAGGCACAUUUUGUUGUGAGACCACUUAUCCUACAAUGAUAACUGCAACAGCUACACUGUGGGCGAUACUUUUUCUUCAAAUACUUCUUUGAAACGAGCUAUUUAAGGUUUACUUGGAACUUGCACAUACUGAACACAUUUCAGCAUGACACGGGUGGCGCUGUGGGUUAAACCACUGAGCCUUGGGCUUGCCGAUUGGAAGGUCGGUGGUUCGAAUCCCCGCGACGGGGUGAGCUCCCGUUGCUCGGUCCCAGCUCCUGCCAACCUAGCGGUUCAAAAGCAUGUCAAAGUGCAAGUAGAUAAAUAGGUACCGCUCUGGCGGGAAGGUAAAUGGUGUUUCCGUGCGCUGCUCUGGUUUGCCAGAAGCGGCUUAGUCAUGCUGGCCACAUGACCCGGAAGCUGUACGCCGGCUCCCUUGGCCAAUAAAGCAGGAUGAGCACCGCAACCUCAGAGUCGUCCCCGACUGGACCUAAUGGUUAGGGGUCCCUUUACCUUUAACACAGCCCUGUAAUGCUGCCAGAUCAGGAUUUUAUUUCACUGGGCAGAGAGUAAAUCGGACAUAUAUACACCAUGUGCGACCUUUUACUGAAAAGGUAAAGAGCUGCAACAACCUUCAGCGGUUACUAUUGCAAAGAGGAUGUGUCUUUAUGUGUGCAAGGCCUGUGACACACAAGCCACGGAGAUAGCAUUUAUGGUAUACUUCCAAUAUACCUUCUCAAAUUGGGGAGUGGGCAUCUUUUAGACAGAUAAUAAAAUAGAAAAACAAAUAUUAUGUACCUGGAUCCAAAUAAGCAUGUAUGUGCUUAGUUCCGACGCACCAGACCGUAAGAUGCACCUAGUUUUUGGAGGAGGAAAACAAGAAAAAAAAAUAUUCUGAAUCCCAGCGAUCCCUCUUGCUGUUCUGGCUUCUGGGAUAGCUGCGCAGCCUGCAUUCGCUCCAUAAGACACACACACACACACUUCGCCUUACUUUUUAGGAGGGAAAAAGUGUGGCUUAUAGAGCGAAAAAUACGGUACUAUUUUUGAAGUUUCAGAAUAAUAUGGUAUUGGGGGGCAGAGGUUGCUUGUGUUCAAAAAGGGGCAGGUGGGAAUCCAAAAAUAGCCCUGGAUAGAUAUACAAGCUCUGUUUGGCAUGCCUAAAUAAGCUUUUUGAAUCUGAGCCAUUGUAAACUUCUAAGAGGGCCACACUGUUUAGUCGUGCUCAGUCAGACCUUGCCAAAACUGAUAGUUCAGCACUUGGUUGUUGUUUUUUUGUUCCCCUCUUUUUACAGUAAAAUCACCAGGGCAGCCCAUGCAGGUGGUGUAUGUCCCGUCACAUCUCUACUACAUGGUUUUUGAACUUUUCAAGGUUUGUACAAAACACACACUGAUAUGUUGUGGAUCCUCCUUCUCUGUUUUCUGUUGCCAAACUGUCAAGAGACAAGACAAACAUGGCAAUUCCUGACAUUUGAUACGCUGAAAAAAAGAGUGGGGGGGGGUAGAUCACUUUUAAAGACAAGCGCUUGAGGCUUACACACAAUCUGCUGUCUUAAAGGAGGUCUCCAUAGGUAUUCUGAUGAGCCCGCAGCACCCUAUCUUGCUCUCAUGCAAAUGCUGUUCUCCUGGUCAUACCUGAUAAUGUCCCACAUCUCAGCUAGAUGUUUUAUUUUCAUUCCCUUCAAAAGACUCGGGUGAACAUAGUCUCAUAGGGAAGUAGCCAGUGCACCAAGGAGCUCAGAUAAGGGCAGGCUGAUUUUUGAGGCAUUGUAGGGCUUCAGGUUAUAGGACGUGGGUGGUGCUGUGGUCUAAACCACAGAGCCUAGGGCUUGCCAAUCAGAAGGUUGGCAGUUCGAAUCCCCACGACGGGGUGAGCUCCCGUUGCUCGGUCCCUGCUCCUGCCAACCUAGCAGUUCGAAAGCACGUCAAGUGCAAGUAGAUAAAUAGGUACUGCUCUGGCGGGAAGGUAAAUGGCGUUUCCGUGCACUGUUCUGGUUCACCAGAAGCGGCUUAGUCAUUCUGGCCACAUGACCCGGAAGCUGUACGCUGGCUCCCUCGGCCAGUAAAACGAGAUGAGCACCGCAACCCCAGAGUGAUCCGUCACUGGACCUAACGGUCAAGGGUCCCUUUACCUUUAGGGCUUCAGGUCAAGCUGUGGUCACCAGGAUUGGAGUUGGGCUUAGUACUCAAAUGUGGGUCUGCAGAUGUUGUUGGAUUACAACUCUUAUCAUAUCCAGGGUUGCCAUAUUACAAACAGUGAAAAUCUGGAUAGUUGUUGAGACUUUUGAGGGGGGCGGGCAAAAUUGUUGAGCUUUUUUAGUUUUGCCCAAAGUUGCAUAGUGUCACAAAAAUUGCCGUUUCUCAGCUAUUGUUAUGGAAAAUCAGGAAAGACGACUGCAAUAACAUGGGCAACCAUACAUCUGGAAUUUCCCAGACAUUUCACCGAUUCCCACCCACACGCAGUAUUCCGGAUAUUUCCAGGAAAUACCGGACAUAUUGCAACCCUGUCAUAUCUGACCAUUGGCCAGGCAGUCAGAAGUGGAGUGUCCUCAUACAUGAACAGGCAUUAUUCCUCUUAUGUUUAGGUGGCAGCUGUGGUCAUGACUGCCUUUUAACAUCUGGAGAUUCCCCACCCCUAGGGGAUCCCUUUAUGUGCACAGGGUCGCAUGUGAGAAUAAUAGAGUUGUCCUCCAGAUUUUGUUUCCAUGGAUUGCUCUGCAAGUAAAAGGACUCAGUUUCAUAUCUAAAAUACAAAAUAUACGUUGUUGCCCGUAUUUAAAUUCUAAAAUGGCAGGGAACAGAAUUCAGACUACUGUUCCCAUUCUAGCGCUGCAUCCAUGAAAUAACAUUCAAUCUUGAAAGAUAGAAAUAACCAAAUACUAGUCAAGUCGGUUGGGUAGCUUCAUAAAAUGUUUACAAAGCAGGAAGCAACUUUAUAAUGUAUUCUAGAACAAGUUUCUUCUAAACUCUUUUGAAUCAUUAUGUGAUCACAGCUAAAUGGAACUGUUUUAUUAAAUUACCAAGCUAAAAUGAUAUACAGAUAUGUAAUUUGGCCAUUACUUCCAUGUUUUGAAAUCUUAGAAUGCAAUGAGAGCUACAAUGGAACAUCACGCGGAUCGAGACAUUUACCCUCCAAUUCAUGUCCAUGUCACAUUAGGCAAUGAGGAUUUAACUGUGAAGGUAAUGGCUUUGUUUACUCUCUCAUUUCCCACUUUGUAGUCCUGGCAAACGGUUAAAGCGCUGGUUUUCCAGUAAUUUUCACCUUGAUGUGCAUUUACCUGCCACGGGCAUUUUGCAUGUUUAUUUACUAACGAAUUACCUGGUCAUAAAAUAGCAAGUGGAAGCAGCAUAUAUGAUUCAAACAGGACUGCUAGAGUAUUUUGCCAGUUCAGGGAUCUUCUGAUCCAGGAUGAGGAGUUCAGCCUAUUUUGGAUGUGGUUGUGCUCCCCAUAACAUUCAGAUGAGCAGCUGGGAGAUGCUCCUGAAUCUAUCGUUAUUCUUGGAUAUUUGAGUGGCAGCUGUGGUCCUGAGUGCUUUUCACCAGCUGAAGCCCCCUCCUGAACUGAACAGGCCUGGUCACAGUCAUAGUAAUAUCAAGAGUGGACUGUCUGCCAUUGAAGAGCGUUCUGAAACUCGAUCCAAAAGGCUGCCAGGGUUUUAAACGGAGCCAGACAGGUAGGAUGCAUUGCUACAAUAUUGUUUCAUCAGCAGCGAUGGCCUAGGAUUUCUUGAUCACCUCCUCUCAUAUGUAGCUUCCCAAUGCCAUAUUCCACAUUUGGAGACCCUGCACUAUGUCCCUGUGUCAUCUGAGGUUCAGUGGAUGGUUGUAUGAGCAGACUCUCGAUUGCUGCCUCCUCAGCUGUGAAAUAUCCUAACUGACACUCUCUGCUGGAUUCCCAGCUUGUGGUCCACACCUGGCUUUAAAGAGACCUUGUGGGGAUUAUAUCUUUUGUAGAUUGGGGUUGCUAUUGAAAUGUUUUCUGCUGUUUUUACUUAUUUGGCAUUGAAAAAGAAAUCUUUGGUUUUGUAUGAUUUGCAUUAUUAUAUUAGCUGCCUAUUAUUAUUCUAUUAGAGGGACGUGGGUGGCACAGUGGGUUAAACCACAGAGCUUAGGACUUGCCGAUCAGAAGGUUGCCGGUUCGAAUCCCCGCGACGGGGUGAGCUCCCGUUGCUUGCUCCCUGCUCCUGCCACCCUAGCAGUUCGAAAGCACGUCAAAGUGCAAGUAGAUAAAUAGGUACCGCUCCGGCGGGAAGGUAAACGGCGUUUCUGUGCGCUGCUCUGGUUCACCAGAAGCGGCUUAGUCAUGCUGGCCACAUGACCUGGAAGCUGUACGCUGGCUCCCUCAGCCAAUAAAGCGAGAUGAGCGCUGCAACCCCAGAGUCAGCCAUGACUGGACCUAAUGGUCAGGGGUCCCUUUAACUUUUUAUUAUUCUAUUAACUGUCUUGAACAUCCAAACUAACUGAAGAGUAGUGUAUAAAUCAUUUUGAAGAAGUACAUUUUGUGCAUGCAGGCCAACAUUCACCAUUCAUUCAUUCAGUUAGUUAGUAUACCACACUAUAUUCGCAGGUCUCAGGGCGGUUCCCCAGGUAAAAGCACAGUAUAAAAACAUUAAAUACAUAAUAAAAAAUACAAGGUGUAUAUUUCUGAUGUAAGGUUGGGUAUGCCAGUGUUUGUUUUUAGCCAGAUCUAGAGCAUGUGGCAUGAAUCGUCCCCAAGUCCUAAUCCCCCCUCCACAUUCUAGAUGUGUGAUCGUGGCGGUGGUGUUCCUUUGAGGAAAAUAGACCGGCUGUUUAACUACAUGUAUUCAACUGCACCCCGUCCCCGUGUUGAGACAUCGCGAGCAACACCUCUGGUAUGUAGGCCAUUUUUAUGUGAUACCUUGCAUUGGCAGUUGGCAAAUUAGUUAGUUGAAGUGGUUAACAAAAUAUUUCCUUGUACAUUAGGGGGGGGGGCUUUUCCGGUUAAGGGCAGCAUUCCUUUGGGGUAAUGUGGGGUGGGGGGGGGCAAAAGCCAGUAGUGGGUACAUGCAGAGCUUCUUGCUCUUUCUUGCUUCUCUCCCCACCCUUCUCUCUCCAUUUCUUGCCUACCCAGCAGGCUACCAAGGAAAGGACAGAUCACUCUUGCCAGAUGUAAAUUUGCAGAGAGGUCUUUUGAAAUUAGGCAAAAGAGCCACAUGAAAUUAGGCCAUACUGGCUGUAGGUUGCCCAUAUAUAGAUCCAUUGCUUAUGGUAAAUAUGGGCCAGAAUGAUAUAUUAAUAACUAAAGCCAGUAUCUAGCGUUCCACUGUUGCAUGUAUAAACAAACUUCCAAAUGCAAAAAAAAAAAACCUUCAGUGAAGAAAAUCAGGCUCUAGCAAGGCACUGUUCCAUCAGUAAAUCCCUGCUUUGUGCAGUUAAUGAUGCAUGUAACUUGUUCCAGUUCAUGGGCAAGAACAGCCUCACUGCCAUUUUUGCUCCCUGCUUUCUAGAGUGGUGUGCAACUAUUUUAAAUGCUAAUAAGUUUAAGGCUGAAGAUUCUGUGAGCUGGUGCCUAUAUUGUUUUGGUGGCUUAUCUGGGCAUUUUUUUAUACUCCACAGCAAGUCAAAUAAGAGCAUUGUUCAGCGAGACAAAUUCAUACACCAUUAGGUCCUGCGUCUGCUUGUUCUUACAUUUCAUCUGAGUUUCUGUGCUAUCUUCUACCACAUUAUCUAACACUUGUCUUUCCUUAUGCCUAGUGGUUAUACAUCUGAUAAUGCCAGUCAUGUCACACAGUGAAAUUACUGAAUAUCCAUUUCAGAUGCCCAUGCGAUCCUGUCAGAAGAGAAAAUUGCAUGCAGAUGCAAUAGGGAUAAAUGAACAGCUUUUUUUCAAGGGCAACUGAACAGAAGAAUGAACAGGAGAGGAAGACCCAACUGGUGUGGCUUAGUGGUUAAGGGUGUUGCAUCAAGGGCCUGGAAGACUCAGGUUCAAAUCCCCAGUGUUGAAGCUUACUGAGCGACAUUGGGUCUUUCUCACAGCUUUGUUGUGAGAUUAAAAUGGGGAAUAAAAAUGUAUUGAGCUCCUUUCAAGGAAGGCAAGUUAUAAAUGUAAUAAAAAUAAAUAACUGCAAGCUUCAGUUUCAUCUGAAUAGGAAGCCAUUGGCAUGGAUCGGGAAGAAUAUUAGAGAACACCUACCUGCAGUUUUGUCUUCAUUUUCUUUUCACUGUAAAAGUAACUCCCCUUUUCUCAUGUUUGUGUCCAGCAACAGAAUGCUUUUUCUCUAGCAAAUGUUGAUUAUAUUGGGCGGGAUUCAACAGACAAGUCCCAGUAGCAGAAGCUCACACAAGGACACGAUGGGGGUUUCCACUGUCCUUCCCUCGCACCCCCCAAAAUUGGCGGGGGGGGGGGGUCAAGAAGACCCCAGAACGUCGCAGGGAGGGAGGAAGGAAGGAAGGAAGGGGACCAUUCUGGAUGGCAAGCUAAAAUGCUUGCGCUGGUGCAGUGAUCAGAAGAGUGCAACUAGGAACUCCUCCCAGUACUAUUUUUGUUUUUCAUGUUUUAGCUAACUCUCUUGUUGUCGGUUUUUGUGUCUCUGUGUGUGUUAUGUUUAGGCUGGAUUUGGUUACGGCUUGCCUAUAUCCCGUCUCUAUGCUCAGUACUUCCAAGGAGAUCUGAAGCUCUAUUCGCUAGAGGGUUAUGGUACAGAUGCUGUUAUCUUCAUAAAGGCAUGUUAUUUAUCACCCGCUUUGACAAAUGUCUUUCCAUUUAAAAGGCAGGAUCUGAUGAUGGCUAAGUUAUAUUGAACAUUGCCCUUUCCUUCUCUCUGCAGGCUUUAUCAACAGAAUCUGUUGAAAGACUGCCGGUAUAUAACAAAUCAGCUUGGAAACAUUACACAGCGAAUCAUGAAGCAGAUGACUGGUGUGUCCCAAGUAGUGAGCCAAAAGACAUGACUACAUUCCGCAGUAUAUAGCCAUAUGGGACAAUAUGUGGUGUGCAGAAGAUAGCCUUAGUACACAGUUCAUGUUAGGACUGUGUAAGUCUGGUUUACUACAGUACAGCUCUAAUAUUUUGUAUGGGGGAGCACACAAUUUCACUAAACAGGAGUCAGAAAACCACGUCUUUUCUAGAGCAGCGUUCGUUUAAAAAAGUGAGUAUGCUAAAUUCAUUUCAAUCAUUCCAUCUUAAAUUGCUUCAGCAGGUAGAUCUGGUGUAUCAAGUUCUAGAUUUUAUAUAAAAAGGUCAGUGCACAGCUUGUUCAAGUAUUGUACAAUUUCACUUGCCAAGCAUUCUAAUGAGACUUCCAUGGAAAACUUAGUUGAAUUAAAGAACUGCAAUGUUGUAAACCUUAUCUGGGAAUCAGUUGCACUAGCACAGACAGCAUUACAAUGUGAGAAAUACUAGAUAAAACGUGAUCAUGCUUUUUUUCUAGGAAUCAAACAGUUUGAGCCUUCUAAUAUUAGACACCAUAGUUCUUCUAACAAACCACAUGCAUUUAAUUUCAUACAUGAUCCAGCUUGAGUUUCAUUAAUAUUAAUUGGGAAGUUUAGCACGUAAUUAGAUAUUUCCCACUAAAAUCAGUGGCACUUGAUAACAUUUACAUUUGGCUAGCUUGCGCCUUGUGUUUUUACCCUCUGUAGGAAGUUUGAAUGAAAAUCUCAAAUCUGGUAGUGCAUAAAUAUGUUAUUUAGAUGGAGUUCCAAGAAUGAAUAUUUGCCUCUCUUCAGAAUAUUCAGGCAUAAUGAAUUGGAUCCCCAAAAUGAUGAGUUGAACUUCACUUAUGUAGUGGGACUUUCCUGCCACCACCAAAGUUGGUUCUGAGAAUUGAAGGACUGUAUGGAAUGGCAUAUGAUGGGGUACAGGGGCUGUAGUGGGAUAGGGAAUUAUGGAGAAUUCAGUGGGGCUGACUUGUGGGAGUGCCUUGCCACACGCACAGGACAUCUCUGGAUCCAGCCCUUUUAUAUCAGCAGUUGCAAUUAAUGCAAAAACGCUGAACAUGAUCUGGACAAAAUGGAAUUGCUGAAGAGGCUUAAGCAAGUCCUCAAUUCUCCUGUUGAAAUUAGUGGUAUUUGAAAGUGCUUAAACUUUUGAUGAAUUUUGCUUUUCAGUAAAUGAAAGUUGUUAAUAAAGCACAGCCUGCCUCCUAAUUUAAUGCCACUGAUACUUGCACUGAUUUUUGCAAAAAUGAAACAGGCCUCAGGUUGUUAAGAAAGUUUGGACAUUAUGCACAUAGUACUUUUGACAUCUAAUUGCUAUGGCUAUGUUUCUUUGCACUAUUAUAGUAUUUCUUUUAAAACAUUUGGAUAUGUUCAGCUUCUUAAGAAUGAAAAGAAACUGGAGCAAUAACAACGUAUUAGUUCUUUUUAAAAAUGUGGUAUACUGAUGUUUCUUGCUGCUCUAGCCUAUUAAAUACUUCUAUACAUAUUUAACUUCCUGUUAAAUGCUCUAUCUUCUAUAAACAUGUGGCCAGCUGCCAAGUAGUAGAAUGAAAGUCAUUUAAUUUCACUGAAUUCAGCCAAAUUCUGGGGUAUUUGGUAGUAUCUAAUACUGUCAUGGUAACUUGCAAACUCAACAAGAAGCGGAUGAACAGUUGCAGCCAUCGUGAACGUAAUGCCAGUAUUGCAAGGAAUAAUCAAGACAGGAGCUAUCUAGUAAGUUGUGCAUACAUUAUAGAAAGCACAAUUGGUAUCUAUCUGAAGGGUAGUUUCCCAUUGGCAAAGCAAAGCCUAUUGAGUUGGGUUAUAGUUCCAACUGGUGGUUGAAGGUAGAACAAACAUUUUGGGAAGUAAAGAGCUCCCACAAUCUAGUUUGCAGACUUGCUAAGCCCAAAGUAGGUCACAGGAGCGAAUCUAAAAUGUAAGUAUAGUACAAGAAACUGAGAGAACAAGGAUCAGCUAGGCCUGACUUCCACGUGUGUAUGUCUGUCUGUCUCUAUAUAUAAAUAAAAAUUCAGAUUACUGCAUGGGAAUGAGUGAAUAUUAAAGUUGCAGUCAUUAAAAGUAGGGUGCAGUAGCCUUGUGGUGCUAAUGAAAGCUACCCUUAAGGUAGGUACCAAUUGGUAUUUUUUCCCAACUGGCCCCACAUGGCUAUAUAGAUGGGAUGUACCAAAAAUUACCCCCAACUAGGCAGGGACCCCCACUCCAGCAAAGAAAAAGAAUUUUUUUUGAGAGAGAUGCUCUUACCAAACGCUUCUUCAGCCUAAGCACAGGAACCAAUUUUACAGUAUCUCGUGAAGAUACUGGGAGAAAGAUCACACAGAGAAAGGAAAGGGAAAGGCUAAGGAGCUGCCAGGGGCUGCAGAAGGACUGCUUUCAGAAGCCAGAAGCAGCUCUGCUGUCUGGCUGUAAUCGGGUUGUGUUCAACAUAUGUGCCCGAGGUAACAGGCCCUGAUGGUGCAAGUAAGAGCAUGUUUCAGCAGCUCCACUACACACACAGCUACCUUCCUCAACAGUCAGCGCGCAAGGGAAUGGUGGAGGGACGAGAAAGAUAGAGACAGAAGGAUUUUUUAAAAAUUAAGCAGAGAGAGAAGGGCAUAAAAAAUAGGUCAUGACAGUAAAGUGGGAGCAGAGAAAGUGAUGGGUUGAGGAAUGAGAAACUAAAGUCCAAUAGAGAGUGGGACUGAGAAAAACAGUGUAGGACCAAGAAAAAAAGGGGGGAAAGGUAGCAAAAGCAAGAAACAUUGACCUGAGGACAAAAGCCAGUGGAAGUUUAAAGUGGCAUUGCUGCUUUUGCCAACAGCAGGAGUGAACUGGAUUAUGGGAACUGCCUACUUCUUAAAAUGUUCAUCCUGCCUUUGACCACCUGGUGGAGCCAUAAACCAACCAGAUAGUCUUGCAUUGCCAGUGGGGAAAAAACAGUUGCUCACACACCCGGACAUCUAAAGCAGCUAUGGUACAUUUUUACUCAACAGACACAAACUCUUAUUUGCUGCAUAAACCUCAGGUCCUAACUUGGUGUUGCAUUUAAAUUCCUUUAUAUCCAGCAAAUGUGGCAUAAAAUAGAUAAUGCUCUCUUCACCUUCUCUUUGGUUCCUAGCUCUCCCUUGACAAUUUUUGCCGCCAACGUUUAAUUCACCGCCACAAUUGCAAUGUUCAUGUGAUGCCUCCUAGGCAAGAUCCUCCAUUAAGAUGCACACGCAGAAAUCAAAGAAUGCAGUUUAGCCACUUUGCAGUAACUGAGAUGCCGGAUUAAAGAGUACAGUGCCAUGACUGUAAACAUAUUUACUCGGGAAUGAAACCCUUUUCAGAGUAAUGGCAGUGCCAAAUGAUGUGUUAAGAUUUUUGGUGAUAGUGGGGAAACAGCAAAAUAGACCCACCUGCACUUUGGAGCAUCUUGUUAGGAAAUUCAUUAUGUCAAUUGGCUCAUAGAAUGUGCUGUGCAGAAUGAAACUGCCCUUGGCUAUAAGCAAUAGCAGCUUAGUAGGGAAGUUUUCAAAUUAGAGACAUACCAAGCUACUGCUUUAAGGUAUCACAGUCUUUGGAAGUAAAACUUCUGCUCUGUGAGCUAGUAAACAAAGAGUACAGUAGGUUUGGCAUCAUAAAAAACCAACAACACUCACAUUUGCACCUGCCUGCCGCUUCUGAAGGUUUGAUCAUCUGGAGGUGGAGGGGCUGAACGAGAUACUGGAAUUAGUAUCCUCUCUUCAUGUAAAAUAUGAAUUGUAAUCAGGGCUACAGUCCUGAUCCAGUAGUCAGAGGAACUGCAUGUGCACUGCUGUACUAUGGAUGUUUGUUGAGCCCACUUCCACGCUUGCCUUCCAGACUGCCAGGGAAUUUGCAUGUACACAUCUGGAUACGCAUGCACAUUGUCCCAGCUGGAUGAUUAUUUUAAGUAUGUUCAACAAUCAAAAUCUACUGAAGGUUUACCACUAACCAAAGCAACUGUUCGGUCAUAGGCACAAUGAGUUCAUUUGCUAUUUUAAGGUUUGAUUCCUAUGAAUAAAGCAUUUCGGGAGAAAAUAAUUUAUAAUGCUACUUUAUAUUCCAGGCAACUCCCUGUUUGCACAGGGGUUGCGUUCUGGGUCAUCUUGUGUGUCAGUGGAGUGCGCAUAAGCUCGCCCCAUUCCGCUCCCUUCGGGGGCUGAAAACAGUGCUCGCAUUGGCAGUCGCAUGCCAAUAAAACUCACACAAAAUGGUUGCCGUGUGUAUUCCCUUGCUAGAGCUAGAUUUGGAAAGAAUUUCUAUUGCAGGUGGAAGAAUAACAUUACAACAGCCAGGCAUUUUGUAUUCGGAAUUUUAACAUUGUACUGUGAAAAUUUUGGCUUGCAAGAAAGAGGCUUACUGUGAUUUUUAUAAUAAUAAAUCCUAAGCAUUUUAAAAAAUAUGGCACUCCAUUGAUUAAUUGCACGAU